AUUUUCAUAACAGCCAUUUCUACUUACGUUAACUAUGUUACUUUAUAUGAAGCUUUCGGGUCUAAAAUUUUGCAGAUCCAAUCCUUACUUCAUCUCUGUUCUCGACAACGUCGUAUUCGAACAGGGUUCGUGUUGAUUAAGGAUGCAGAGUGUCAAGAGUCUCCCAUUGACGGAUAAGUGCCACCAUUGGACUCAUCUAGGCGAGGUGCCAUGGGACUUACAAAAGUAUUGGCAACAGCGAUACACAAUCUUCCCGUAUUAUGAUGAUGGCAUCUAUAUGACCGAGGACGCAUGGUAUGGCGUGACCCCAGAGCCAGUUGCCAUACAUCUAGUGUAUGAUCUUGUUGGGUUCAUAAGUGCAGAUACGCGCACCAUUAUCGACAUGUUCGCUGGAGUUGGUGGUAAUGCCAUCAGUCUGGCAAUGGCUACCGAGGAAGAUGGUUUCACACCACGUUUUGAAAAGGUGAUAGCCAUCGAAGUAGAUGACGCAACCCUAGCGUGUGCACAGAACAACGCCGCGAUCUACGGUGUUGCUGACAGAAUAACCUGGAUCCUAGGCGACAGCUUCAAGUUUCUAGAGCUGCUGACCAAGUCCCCUGAUCAGUUAGGGGACGACCUCCAGGUCGACAUCGCCACCACGGCCAUUUUCGCAUCGCCGCCUUGGGGUGGUCCGGGCUAUCGAACUGAUGAGAUUUUCGACUUGACUACGAUGGAGCCGUACAACUUAGCCGCAUUACACGAAGCUUACAAGAUCAUGGACCAUGCGCUCUAUCUACCUCGUACCAGCGACCUUCGACAGAUUGCUAAGUUAGUUCCCGAUGGUGUCAAGAUUGAUAUUGUUCAGUAUUGUGUCGAAGGUGCUAGCAAGGCGAUGGUUGCGUAUAUCCCUGCAACCGAUAAAAUAAACCCCGUCGAAACAGCCGAUCAGCCCAUGUCAUGAUCUUUGCAACUUCUGGAAACGAGGGAAUCCCAUACCUCUAAUAAA